GGAACAUUGGCAACUCUGGUUGUCAGAUCUUGUUUUCGUUAUUAUAUUUGUUACCGGUAAUUUUGUCUGAAAAUGUUUAAUUCAUGCAAAUUGUUUCAUGGAUUUCUUCAGCGAAGUACUACAUUGGUACACCAAUUGCGGAAUAAAAAUUAUUUGAAUCGUCCUCGUUUACGAAAUCCAUUUUGGUUUGUUAGAAAGGAAAGAACGGUACACAACGAGUUCCUGACAACUGAAAAUUCUUCAUUUGUGAAUGCGGUGUUGCACAGUAAAUUUGGAUUCCCUGCAAUAAUUAAGGGAGUACUAUCCUACGAUCAGGUGAAUCAAUCUGUGUUAGAAAGACAUGCUUUAACGAAUGAUCAAUGGAAAUUGGGUUUGAAGAGAACGGGUGUUAUAGCCAAAAAAAUAGGACAGUAUCCGUUAUGGAAGAAGGAUGGUACAAAAAUUAGGACGACAUUAUUGCAGAUUUAUGAUAAUCAUGUCGUAAAAUAUAUUCCUCCUGAAGAAUUUGCUGAUCUACGAAAACAAAACCUGAGUAAACCAUACGGUUGCCUACUUAUCGGUGCACAAAGUAGAGACCCAUCAGUGUUCACUAAAGAGUAUUGUGGACUGUUCAAAGACUCUGGCGUAUUACCAAAACAACACUUGUGCCGAUUCAUUAUUUCACCAGAAGCCCGACUGCUACCAGGCACCCCUUUGAAUGUAACACACUUCAGAGUAGGUGAUUAUGUUGAUGUACGAGGUAAAACUGUUGAUCGUGGUUUCCAAGGUGUAAUCAAACGGCAUGGUUUCAAGGGUAUGCCUGCAUCUCAUGGUGUGACAAAAACUCAUCGUCGACCUGGUAAUAUAGGCGCUGGCGGUAGUAAGGCACGAGUGUGGCCAGGUACUAAAAUGCCGGGGCAUAUGGGAAACCGUUGGCGGAAUCUUAGAGGCUUGAAAAUCUGGCGCAUUAACACUAAGUAUAAUGUCAUGUGGGUACAAGGCAGCAAUAUCCCAGGAGAUACUAAUGGUUUAGUGUAUGUAUAUGAUUCAAUAUUACCAACGAGGAAGCAUGUUCAGGCGCCUGCUUUUCCUACGCAUUUUGAAUCGGAAAAUGAUAUGGAUAUAGGAGAUAUUUGGAAUGAAGAUAUUCACUGUUUCAAGAAAAGUUCCAUUACAUUUGAAGAAACGUAAAUAAAUGGCUAGUUAUUUAUCUUCAAA